AUGAUGUCACGAUCGACUGUUGGUCCUUUGCUAGGGCUCCUUUUGAUUGCGGGCCUCAUUUCCUCGGCGUCAGCCGCAAGGACAGCCGACUGGAAACCCAGAUCGAUAUACCAGACCAUGACGGAUCGUUUCGCUCGCACAGAUGGAUCGACAACAUCACCAUGCAAUACCAAGGCGGGUCUUUACUGCGGGGGAACAUGGCGAGGAACGAUUGACCACCUUGACUACAUCCAAGGAAUGGGAUUUGACGCUGUGAUGAUAUCCCCCAUCAUCGAGAAUAUCGAGGGCCGAGUCGACUAUGGCGAGGCCUACCACGGGUACUGGCCACUGAACUUGAACAAUCUCAACUCUCAUUUUGGAACGCAUCAGGACUUGCUAGACCUCAGUAAUGCUCUCCACUCCCGGGGUAUGUACUUCAUGAUGGAUACAGUGAUCAACAACAUGGCCUACAUCACGAAUGGCAGCGAUCCCGCUACCGACAUUGACUACUCUGUCUUUACACCCUUCAAUAACGCUGAUUAUUUCCAUCCCUACUGCACGAUGAACUGGAGUAUCCCGGCCAUUGCGCAGAAGUGCAAUACAGGCGACGACACGGUGGCGCUGCCGGAUCUUUUUACGGAGCACGAAGAUGUGCAGCAGCUGUUGAUCAAAUGGGCGAAUAACGCCAUCAAGACCUAUUCCAUUGACGGGCUCCGGAUUGACGCCGCCAAGCACGUCAACCCAGACUUUCUACGCAAAUUCUCCGACGGUGUCGACACUUUCAUGACGGGAGAAGUUCUCGAAGGGGCAGUCAGCAUCAUGGAAGAUUACCAGAGCAACUACAUCAACAGUUUGCCAAAUUAUCCGAUCUAUUUCGAAAUCCUAUCUGCUUUUACCAAUGGCAAUACUUCACAGCUGGCGAUAGCAGUGGAGAACAUGAGAGUCGCGAUCCCAGAUGUUAAUGCUAUGGCGUCUUUUUCUGAAAAUCACGACAAGCCUCGAAUUGCUAGCUAUAACGAUGACAUGGCGAUUGCCAAGAACGUUCUAGUGUUCACCAUGCUGUUUGACGGAAUCCCGAUGAUAUAUCAAGGCCAAGAGCAGCAUCUGAAGGGAGAUGGCGUGCCUCACAACCGAGAGGCCAUCUGGCUCACCAAAUACGACACUGAGGCGGAGCUCUACAAGCUGAUAGCAAAGCUGAAUCGCAUUCGGAGCCACGCAGGCUACUUGGGCUCUGACUACUUUGAGGACGCGACUCACCCGAUCUACCAGGGGUCCAGUGAGCUUGCGUUCACCAAGGGUGUCCAGGGUCGACAAGUAGUCAUGGUGUUGUCCAAUCAACCCUCAACUAGUGGGCGCUACGAUCUCGACUUGACAGUCAGCUACAAUGCCGGCACGGAGGUAAUGGACGUUCUGAACUGUAACAACUACACUGUCGACAACCAGGGCAUGCUGCGUGUCGAUAUGGACAAGGGAGAGCCUCGGGUUUUCUUCCCCAGCAAAUAUAUGGAAGGCAGUGGUCUUUGCGGCUACUCUGACGCCAACAUUACCCUCGAGAUGUUGAAGACUCACAGGACUUUUACGUCGGCUGGAACGCAAUUUACCAGUGGUACCGGGGUGGCUACCGUCCUGCUAGCAGUGGUGACCAGCAUCUUCGUCACGUUCCUUUGA